AAAGCACUGUGACGAGAGAGGUAACUUACUAGGCAAAGUAAAAAUAGACUUCAGUGUAGCACACCUCACUGACUAAACACUGUAAUGUGCCGUAGCCGGAGAGCAAUCGUGUCAGACAGACAAAACGUUAAGUUCAAGACGGCUGGAAUAUGACAGAUGUCUCUGUAUAUGUAGGUCUGGUGCUGUUAUCUCUGGCCUUGUUGAUCUCUUUGUGUCUCAAUGUCAUCUUCUGCAUCAGACAAAGAGCCACUUUAUGCAGAGACACAGAAGAGUGCUGCUUCACAAACAUUUCUGGAGAAAGCCCGUCACAGGAUGAAGGGCAUUAUUUUGAUAACCUCAAUCAUGAUGAGCAGCAGGAAAGUCCCCACAAUCACCACGAGCAACAGGAAAAUCCAAUCUACGGCAACAUCAGCUCAGACAGAAGAGAUUCUGUAGAGCUUUGCUAUGAGACGAUGACCAUGCAAUACACAAGAGAUCGCAGGAAGUCUCUAGAGCCUGACCUGAAUUAUGCCUCGUUGGAUCUAAAGAUAGCAAAGAAACGCCUGAAGAAGAAUCGCCAUCAGCUAGGCCAUGCUCAGGGAAGAAACAAACUUCAAGAUGAGCUGCCGGUCCACCUCACACCCCCGACGAAUGCUUUCUUGGAGGUGGAGACAGACAUGGAUGCUUACCUUCCUUCCAGAGACACCAGCACCAUGGUUUCACACAGUAGCAUCUACCUGAACAGUCAACAGAUCGCCCAAGAGACAGAGGAGAUGGAAAGAGAAAAGGGUAUAUACACAGAGAGGAAGAAUGGGGGUUGGGAGGGAAUAAGAACGAGGGAAGAAGGGCGAAGUGCAGAGUGGAAAGGAGAGCAAGAGACUCAGGAAAGAACAGAUAGUCAAGAUGGUAGUAAUGGGAGUGUAUUCACACAGCUUUCAGAAGUAGAGGCUAUUCAGAACGGCACAGAUAAUUUCAUCAGCAGCUUCAGCUACGAGUGUGACCAACAAGAUUAGGCAAGACCUCAUACUAAGACUCUUGUUUCAAACUUUUCUGAACUGAAUAAGCCACCUGAAAAGGCAAAUAAAAGCGCUGCCCAUGACUGUCUGCAAGAAUGAAAUGUCACUUUCAAUAAUCAACGAGCUUUGCGCAAUUUCCUCUUUGAUGCGAACAAACUACGCAUCAAAGACUCUCCAGAUUGAGCAACUGAGGAAAAAAAGGUGUACUUUUCUGUGCAGAGGAUGUAAUAAGCAUAGAUGAUAUACUGAGAAAAUGAAACUCUGUGUGUGACAUUUAGAGGUCAAGGGCCACAUGGAAAUUUUCAGUCUGUUGCAAGAGAUAAGGAAAACAUCAAAUCAUCACAGGACAUGGAUGAUCUUUGACUGUUUUGGUGACCUAUUAUCAUACAUCAACAGGUGUCUCACAGAAUGGUGUAAAGGAAAAAAAUGAAUCUUACAUUUAUUUUCCAUGCUGUAGGCAUUGGCCAAGGCUCAACACUUUCUUGAAUAACUGUACAUGCCUGAGCAUGGGAAUCUGCUUUUGAGUCAUGUUAUUUCCCCUUUGGGCAUAUUGUAAUGUAAAUGUCACACGCAGAGGAUUUUUCACAUCAAAGUUACGAUAAUGGUCAUUAGCUUUCUAAUCUAUUGUAUUUAUGAGCUAAUGCGGCAUCUGCUUAAAUGAUUAUUUCCCUUACUUCCCUCUUGGGAAUGAUAAUUCACUGCCUUGCUAUCUGCUGAGGGAGCUGAAAGGCGCUAUAUAAAUAAAAGUUAUUAUUAUUAU